GCUGCUAAAUUGGCUACCACAGUGCAACCCUCGGGGUCCCAAUGGGGGACUCAGGAUCAAGACGAUGUACUCUGGUCUCCCGGUUGCCAAUAUUUAGGAAAAGUAUUAGCAGAAGACAUGAUUCGCUCCCUUCUUCACCCUCUUCCGGUAACACCGCUGGUGUUCACAGCUCCUCUCCUUCCAGCACUAACUCCAGCUCAGGAAGCACGGGAAAACGCAGGAGCAUAUUCCGUGCUCCCUCUAUCAGCUUCCACCAUAAGAAGGGGAGUGAACCCAAGCCAGAACCCACUGAUCAGAACCUUAGUAUUUCCAAUGGUGCUCAACCCGGUCACAACAACAUGCAGAAACUAAGUUUGGAGGAACAGGUCAAAACCAGGGGAAGACAUUCUGUGGGUUUUAGUAGUUCACGAAGUAAGAAGAUAACAAGAUCUUUGACGGAAGAUUUUGAAAGGGAAAAGGAGACUUCAAGUAAUAAGAAUGUCUUUAUAAAUUGUCUAAGUUCUGGCAGAAGUGAAGGGGACGAUUCUGGAUUCACAGAAGAACAAAGUCGCCGUUCUAUUAAACAGUCAACAAAGAAGCUACUCCCCAAAUCCUUUUCAUCUCACUAUAAAUUUUCUAAGUCGGUUCCUCAGUGCCAAUCCACAUCAUUGGUACAGCAGCCUGAAUUCUCGCUGGCAAUUGCACAAUAUCAAGAGCAGGAACCCGCCUUAGGAAGACCUUCCCCAUCUUGCUCUGUGGAUGUAACAGAGCGCGCAGGAAGUUCCUUACAGUCGCCUCUGCUUUCUGCUGACCUGACCACAGCUCAGACCCCUUCAGAAUUCUUGGCCUUGACUGAAGAUUCUUUGUCUGAGGCAGAUGCCUUUCCUAAAAGUGGAAGCACGGCAUCACACUGCGACAACUUUGGCCACAAUGAUGCUACCUCUCAGCCCACUCCCAGUCUCACUGCUGUUACAAAGACAAGGAUGGAAAUUGUGGGGACUGUGCCCUGUGUGAUGAUGUCUCCGGGGAGGUACAGGCUAGAAGGUCGGUGUAGCACUGAAUUUCGUUCUUCACCAGAGACUACUGCUGCUAACCAGGGGGAAGAGCUACUACAAAGCACUGUUAGAAAUGCUAGUGACCCAGAGACCCACUUACCAGCUGAUCAUCAAAGAGUAGAGAACGCCUCGGCACAAGCUGGUGAAACAAUGCUGAGGACCAGCUCCCCCAGGACACUGGGAUCCUAUGACCAGCACAAGGUACUGGCUGAACGCUUUAAAGGGGUCCACCCUGUUUCAGAUUCAAGGGUAAUCCCUUCCUCUGGAGAUCACCAUGUUUUUAACAAAACAUCUUAUGGAUAUGAAGCAAGUGCUGCCAAAGUUCUUGCCAGUAGCCUCAGUCCAUAUCGAGAAGGAAGAUAUAUAGAGCGACGACUGCGGUCCUCGUCUGAAGGGACAGCAGGGAGCGGCAGAAUGGUCUUAAAGCCGAAGGAUGGGCAUGUGGAAGCCAGCAGCUUGAGAAAGCACAGAACGGGGUCCUCCUCUUCCAAAAUGAACAGUCUGGAUGUCCUUAAUCACUUGGGAUCCUGUGAAUUGGAUGAAGAUGAUCUGAUGCUUGACUUAGAAUUUUUAGAGGAACAGAAUCUCCAACCCCCAGUUUGCCGGGAAGAUUCCUGCCACUCUGUAACAUCCUGUGCAGCCGUCCUUCUUAGCCCAAUGGACCCAGCAAAAGAAAUGAAUGCGCUAGAAGAACCAAAAUGUCCCCAGCUUUCCAAAGAGAGCCUUUCCCUGAAAAUAACAAAAGACACUGAUCAAGAGGCCCUGUGUUCCCAUGUGAGCCACAUGCCCAACAGUCCCUCUGCAGACUCGCCCCUGCGAGGUGUGGAGGAAAAUGGAAGCAUAGAUUCCCUGCCAUUCAGACUGAUGCUCCAGGAGUGCACGGCAGUGAAGACGCUGCUACUGAAGAUGAAGAGAGUGCUGCAAGAGAGUGAUGUGAGCCCUUCCAGCAGUACCACCUCACUUCCCAUCAGCCCUCUGACUGAAGAGCCACUGCCUUUCAAGGAUAUAGCGAAAGAUGAAUGUUCGAUGCUGAGGCUGCAACUGAAGGACAGGGAGGAGCUCAUUUCUCAGCUCCAGGCAGAGCUGGAAAAGGUACAGCAUUUACAGAAGGCCUUUGCUUCACGAGUAGAUAAAUCCACGCAGACUGAACUUCUAGGCUGUGAUGCCCUGUGGAAUCCCACAUGCACUGGAAGCUUAUUUAAACCAGUAUAUAUUUCAAGCUAGAUUUAAUAAUCAUUUGACCACGAAUAAUUCAUCACUGAUCUUUGACAUGUUAAAUAUUGAGUGAAAUCAUUUUUCCUAUGAAUCCUUCUGUUAACUAUUUUGCAGAAUGUGUAAGACAGAAAUUGUUUCAUCCUAAGCACUGUAUACUUUUGCGUUUCUAAACAAUUGCCACAGAAUAUUAAGAUUCAAUGAACUUAUGUUUGCUUUUACUUAUUGUAUUUUUUUAUAAAAAUGUAUCUUUUUAUUUAAAGAUAAUCUCCACAUACAAAUUCCUAAGAUGUAAUAUUCCACUUGGCAGUAACAUUAUUUGAUCAUCCUCCUUAUCUAUAUCAACCGGGCUUCUUUUUUGUUGAUAAACUUUGUUGUACUUAUGUUACAUUCUAUAUGCAUCAGACAGAUUGGAAAUGAAGCUUUUGUUACCUCAUCUUAGUGAGGUAGUUCCCAAGAAUGAAUUGGAUUAUUUGUAACCUCUUUCCAUCACAUUAACACCAGGAGGUGACACUGAGUAUCUGCAAAUGGAACAAGUAUCUAACCACAGAAUGUAAUACAGAAACAGAAGCAAAUUAUGUUCUUAAAAAGCAGAUAAACAAACUUAGCUAUUGAUCUCUCAGUGAAUGAAGUUUGUUGAAUGUAUGUGGUAUAAGAAGAGGCCUUACUCUGAAUUAAACCUCUGUGGGUCCCUUUCUCUUGCCUUCCUAUAAUAUCUCCACCUUAUCAAACUGCUGAGUGUCCAGAAGUUACUCAUGAGAGGCACACUUUAUUGCAAGGAUUGUUCAGUGUUACGGGCAGGAUGUUGUUCAGUAGAAGGACCACAGGGCUAAGGAGAGAAAAGGAGGUCUUAAUGAGCCACUACCCUUUGUAAAGACACAAUAAAAUAAUUCUAAUUAUCAACAGUAAUGUAUAGAAAUAUGCCAUUAAAUUAUUUGGGUCUUUAUGUUACAUAUGUAUGAAUGACCAAAUGCUGGGUGCAAACUAUGGUGUUAAAUAAAACUAUAAAUAUAUUUAUUUACACAUGAA